CACACAUUCACGAGCCAAUCAGGCGCGCGGGAACAGAACACACGCGUGCUGAAGGAGCGCGCGGUGCGGAGAGGCGCGGCGCGAGACGCUCGAACCGGCUGUCUGUCAUCAGCUGAGAGAGGGGCAGCGACACGCCGGAGGAACAGGAGUCCAAGGGGGGGAGAGAGGRAAAAAAGUGGGAAGAAGUGGGAGAGAGUGAAAAAUAAAAUCAUAAUUUUAAAAAUAUAUAUAUCCGACAUGAGCGGUCAGUUUGAGGAAGAGCUCCACGACAGGAAGAGCAGCAAGUCCCCGACGCUGCUCUCCUCCUACUGCAUCGACAGCAUUCUGGGCCGCCGGAGCCCCUGUAAGGUCCGCCUGCUCGGCCCGCAAAGUCUGACGGCGCUGUCCGGCAGAGCGGAGCUCGACAAGCCGGCUGAGGGGUUAACGAAGGAGCCCCUCUCCCUGGGCGCUGACAUGCACCUGCCCCCCAAGCUGCGCCGGCUCUACGGACCGGGGGGAAAGUACCUCCACGAGCAGGCGGAGAAGCUGGAGAGGGAGCGGCUCCUCCUGGAGCAAGCGGCCGACGGCCUCAAGAUCACCCAGGCGCCGCAGGUGAGCAUCAGCCGCAGCAAGUCCUACCGGGAGAACGCCUCCCUGAGCCGGGGAGAGGGCGAGCGGAGCCCCGCGGAGGCCUCGGAGGACGGCGGCCUCGGCCUGGUGGAGCUGGGGCCGCUCAAGUUCGAGGAGGAGGACGCCGGGAAGGAGGAGGGGAGCUGCGGGGACGCGGCCGCGCUGUCCCCGAGCAAGGACGAGGAGCGGGAGAGCCUGCACGCCGGGGACGGGGACGUGAGGGACGGGGAGGACAGCGUGUGUCUGUCGGCGGGCAGCGACUCGGAGGAAGGGAUGCUGAAGCGGAAGCAGCGGAGGUACAGGACCACCUUCACCAGCUACCAGCUGGAGGAGCUGGAGAGGGCCUUCCAGAAGACCCACUACCCCGACGUGUUCACCAGGUCAGACAAACACAAACACAUUGACAUAACUGAGGAGGUUUUGUGGUUUCAGGUCUGGUUCCAGAACCGCAGGGCCAAGUGGAGGAAGCGUGAGAAGGCCGGGGUGCAGGCCCACCCCUCAGGCCUGCCGUUCCCAGGCCCGCUGGCCGCGGGUCACCCGCUCAGCCACUACCUGGAGGGAGGACCCUUCCCCCCACACCCCCACCCGGCCCUGGAGUCYGCCUGGACGGCCGCUGCGGCGGCCGCCGCCGCCUUCCCGGGCCUGGCCCCGCCGCCUCACAACAGCUCGGCUCCGCCCCUCGCCACCCCGCUGGGGCUGGGCACCUUCCUGGGCACGGCCGCCAUGUUCCGGCACCCCGCUUUCAUCGGACCCACCUUUGGCAGACUCUUCUCCAGUAUGGGCCCCCUGACGAGUGCUUCCACGGCCGCCGCCCUGCUCCGCCAGCCGGCGCCCCCCAUCGACAACCCCUCUCACGCCGGCUCCGUCCUCCCCGACCCCUCGUCGUCCUCCUCCUCCUCGUCCUCCUCGGUGGCGGCGGCGGCGGACCGCAGGGCCUCCAGCAUCGCGGCGCUGCGCCUCAAGGCCAAGGAACACUCGGCCCAGCUCACCCAGCUGAACAUCCUGCCCGCCGGGGCCGCGGGGAAGGAGGUGUGCUGAACACUCCACGCCAGCCUCCCCCCCCCCCAUUCCAUGACCUCCAACUCCCCCCCCUUACUCAUACCUCUGGAGGCUGAUGUCCUGAUGCGCCCCCACCUCCCCAUGUUCCCCCAACAAAAAGCACGACCAAAUGCAGAAGAGCACUGAUUGAAAACGUGUUUGUGAUAAUUCUAUCACCUUCUCACAACAGAUCUUUCUGAACUCAGAGCAUUCACCCAGAUAUUUUCAUCCAAAAAAUAAAAAGAUACAUUUAUAUAGAUUUUUAAAGAUUUAUCAACCCUUUCACAAUCACCCAAAACGUGGAUUUUUAAGAUUUUUACUCAGACUUAAUAAGAGCUUAGCUUUGAUUUUACCCGUCCUUGUUUUUGUCUGUAAUUAAUCUUAUUAAAAUUAUGAUUGUUUUUAAAUACGAGGUGAAAACAGAGCAAACAAAAAUACAUUACGACUGCGUUUUUUUGCCCAAAUAUUAACUGUGGGAAUUGAACUUUUAUUUUAGUUUUAUUUUACUCACACACACACACAAACAGGGAAACCCACUUUUCCUUUAGAAAACCGUUCAUUAASCGUGGACAACAGUCGUGCUCGACUUUAACAGAACUUUAAUCUGUAUGCAUUUAUAUGAGCUGAGCUGGUUUUUAACAAAAGGCGAGCUGGAGGAGGUCUUACCCCCUACACACACACACACACACACACACACACACACACACACACACACACACACACACACCUCCUGAACCAAAGGAAAAAAAAAUGUCCGUAGACCUUCCACAAGCCUGACUCGUCUCGUCUGCUCGCCCGUCCCGCUCAGCGGUCCCAACACUCUGAGCUCGUUGCAACAUUUUCUUUAAAAAAAAAACAAAA